AUGGUGUAUUUACUUGAUUAUUUCCAGCAUCGAAAAGAUUGUCAAUUUAAACAAGCAGAAAGAGUUCAACGAAUACAAAACCUCACGAGUUAUCAUGGAGCAUUUACGAAUUCAGAAAGACAAGUUCUAUCAAAACCAAUUGAAGAACUUGUUAAAGAUGUCCACAAACAAAACAUCCAACCAAUCGAUAUCCUUCGUGCUUAUGGAAAAGCUGCCCUCAAAGCUCAUGAGAAAACAAAUUGUGUGACGGAAGUUAUGAUUGAUGCUGCUGAGGGUUGGACUACAGAUGGUAGCAUCAAUAUGAAAGGUCCUUUAGCAGGUAUCCCCAUAAGUCUAAAGGACUCGAUUGUGGUUGGUGGUUUCGAUACAAGUGUAGGAUAUAGUAGCAAUGUUGGCAACAAGGUAGAAAAAGAUGGUGCGAUGGUGAGGAUAUUAAAGGAUGCUGGAGCCAUUCCAUAUGUCAAGACGAAUCUUCCAAUUACAUUAUUAAGUUUUGAAUCGACAAACGACGUCUGGGGAAGAUGCACAAAUCCUCAUAACAAUAAAUAUUCACCUGGUGGAUCUACUGGAGGUGAAGCCGCUUUGUUGGCUGCUGCUGGUGGACGAAUUGGAAUCGGUUCAGAUGUUGCUGGAUCGGUUCGAGUUCCAGCUCAUUUCUCGGGAAUCUAUAGUUUGAGAUGCUCGACAGGAAGAUGGCCGAAGAAUGGUAUGUGCACAAGUAUGCCAGGUCAAGAGGGUAUUCCUAGUGUUUUUAGUCCUAUGACGAGAACAUUGGAAGAUCUCUCAUAUUUCACAAAAUCUAUGAUUGGUAUGCAACCAUGGAAAUAUGAUCACAGCGUUCAUCCCAUUCCAUGGAGAAAAGAGAUAUGGAAGGAUUUCAGCGAGAAAAAGAAGUUUAAAGUUGGUAUACUAAGAACAGAUGGUGUCGUGGAUCCAAGUCCUGCUUGUAUGAGAGCUGUGGAUGAAGUAGUGGCUGCCCUUGAAGAAGAUGGUCACGAGGUCUAUGAUGUUAACCCACCUUCUCCAUACGAAGCACUUUACAUUGGCUCACAACUUCUCAAUGCCGAUGGCUGCAAGACAUAUAAAUCAUUCUUUCGAACUGGCGAAUGGGAAGAUCCAGGAGCAAAAGCUAUGAGCUGGCUUAUGUCUUUACCAAGUCCAUUUAAAUGGGUGUAUUGGGCUUGGGUCAAGUAUGUUAGAAGAGAUGAUAUUUGGGCUGGACUCAUCAAAGAAUGGCAUGAGAAGUCUGCUUACGAGUCAUGGAAACUUGUUGCCAAGAGGGAAGCUUAUAAGGCCAAGUUUCAUGCUUGGUGGGAAGAAGAAGUAAAACUUGACUUUAUGAUCACUCCACCAAAUGCUACACCAGCAGUCCCUCACGAUGGAAUGAAAGAUGCAGUCAGCAGCUGUGGUUACACUUUCUUAUUCAAUCUUCUCGACUACACAACCGGCAUCAUGCCCAUAACUCACGUCAACAAAGAACUCGAUCAACUACCAUCGAAUUUCUCCCUCAAAACUCUAAAUGGAGUCGCAUAUGGUGCUUAUAAACAUUACGAUGCAACGGCUAUGCAUGGACUUCCAGUAGGAAUUCAAGUAGUAGGUCAACGGUUGGAGGAGGAAAAGGUCCUGGCUGUUAUGCAUAGAAUUGAGGAAUUGUUGGGAGAUGAUAAAUAUAAGUUGUUGGAUAUUGAGUAG